UUCCCCCUUCUUUUCCUCUUCUCGGAUCUAUAAAUCCCACCAGAUGCCCAGAAAAAGCUGAGAUCAAUCAGGAGAAGCUGUAGCCUUUUCCUAGUGACUAUGUCGUUCCGCCAUAGUGUUGACGACGAUCCCGACGGGGUUGGGCAAGACGAACCCUUACUCGCUGCCGACUACUCGCGCAGUUCAUCUCGCCCAAGUCCUACGUCCGAUACCAUGAGAGCUUCGAGUCUGGCUAGUUUUCGUAAUUACUGGCUCGCUUCUGUGCUGUGUUGUGGCGGUGUAUUGUUCGGCUACGAUUCUGGGGUGAUUGGCGGCGUGUUGACAUUUGAUUCGUUCCAAAAUGACUUUCGUUUCGGUGCUUUCGGCCCCAGGUCGGAAACGAGCGUCAGCUCCAUCGGCGUGGGUAUCCAGCAGGCUGGUGCUCUCGUAGGCUGCUUUGCGGUGUGGCCGCUGACCAACCGGCUGGGCCGGCGGAUUGCUAUGAUGGUCUGUUCGUUGAUAUUCUGCAUCGGGGUCAUCCUUGAGGUGAUUAAUUCACACUCGCUUUCCACCUUCUACGUGGGCCGAGUCAUUUGUGGACUAGGUAUCGGAGGCUCUGCCACCGUCAUCCCCAUCUACAUGUCUGAGAUGAGCCCCAAGGAUAGUCGAGGGCGCAUGGGUAGCUGCUACCAGCUCAGCUAUACCAUUGGGAUUUUGAUCUCCUACUGGCUCGAUUACGGGGUCAAGUUCAUGAAAUCGUCUUCCACUCAGUGGCAGAUCCCUAUCGGGAUGCAAAUGCUGUUUGGAGCGCUCAUGGGCCUGGGGAUGCUGACCCUGGAAGAGAGUGUCCGCUGGCUGCUCUUCCAAGGCGACCACGAGCGGGCCUGGAAGAGUCUCACAUGGAUCCGUGCCAGCGAUUCCGAGGAAGUCCGGGCGGAGUUUGAGGAGAUGGAACGCGGGGUAGAGGUUGAACGGCACGCCACUGCGGGUUUCAGCCUGCAAGAGCUGCUGGAGUGGCCGAAUGCCCACCGUAUGCUGCUUGGGUUCGGUCUCUUCCUUGCCCAGCAGUCGACCGGAUCGACUGCCCUGGCCUACUUUGGCCCUCAGUUCUUCUCGCUGCUCGUGGGCUCCUCGGGCAACAAAGACCUGCUGCUGACGGGGAUCUUUGGCGCCAUCAAAGUGGUCGCCUGUUUCACGUUCGUCACGCUGGUUGCCGACCGGUUCGGCCGCCGCACCCUUCUCAUGUCCGGUGCAGCGUUCAUGGCGGCUUGUAUGCUCACCACCGCCGCGGUGGUCAAAGACCGACCACCCCCCGGUGGCGGAGCGAUCACCUCGGCCGGCAUCGCGACGGUGGCGCUCAUCUACCUGGACAUCAUCGCGUAUAACUGUUCGUGGGGCCCGCUGCCAUGGCCCUGCACGUCGGAGAUCUUCCCCACGCGGAUUCGGGAGCCGGGUGUCGCGUUCGGCGUGGGGUCCCAGUGGCUAUUCAAUUUCGUCUGGUCCUUCAGCACCCCGUACAUCAUGAGCGGGAUCGGGUGGGCGACCUUCCUGCUGUUUGGAGUCUUCGAUGUCAUCAUCGUGAUCUUUGUGUUUUUCUGUGUCAAGGAGACCGCUGGCAAGACUCUCGAGGAGAUCAACGCUUUAUUCGAUUCACCCGGGAGCGAGACGGAGAUUUCCAAUCCCCCCUGGAAGGGUAUAUCGCGCCAAAUGCAGCCGGAGAACACGCUCGAGCUGAACGAGUCCCACGGUUCUUCUUCCGUCCAGGGCAAGUCUGCGAAAUACAUUGAAUAAGUUUCUUGUAGAAAGGGGUACCAACUGCGGACAGAAGAUGGUCAGGUCUCUAUUCAGAAGGAUAAGCAUAAUAUACACGAUAUAACUAGCUUACACAGACUAUAUACUAGAUUCAUGAGAGUAGAACCUAUAUCUAGAAUUCCUAUGAGAAACCGAGU